CACUGUAACUAAAGCCGACAGAAAAUGGCGUCCGCCUGAAAAUUGGUGUCUCUCUUGAAAAAUCCACGCUAAUUUGACCAGCAAAACGUGUAAAGAUGGCCCUGCCCAGCAACUACAAGCAGAUAGCAGUGGGUGGCCAGGGACCGGGUCCAGUGACGCCGCUGCAGGGCGUUGGAGGCGGCGGUGGCGGCUCAAGCGGCGGCAGCCGGUCGCGUUCAUCCGGCGGAGGCGGAGGAGCCGAUCGCAAUAAGGACCAAACGCCAAUUUUCACGCAUAGCAACUACGGCAACCCAGCAUUCACGCCACAAAAGGUGACCAAAUCUUCAAGCAGUAAGAACCAGAACGAAUCGCGACUACCCAAACCGCCGAAGCCACCAGAGAAGCCGAUUCUGCCGUACAUGCGGUACUCGAAACGCGUUUGGGACAGCGUCAAGGCUCAACAUCCCGAGCUAAAGCUUUGGGAGCUGGGCAAGAAGAUCGGAGCCAUGUGGAAGCUGCUGGCCGAAGAGGAGAAGACCGAGUUCAUUGACGAGUAUGAGGCAGAGAAACUGGAGUACGAGAAGUCGCUCAAAGCCUAUCACCAAACGCCCGCCUAUCAGGCUUACAUGUCGGCCAAGAGCAAGGUGAAGACCGAUGUCGACAUGCACGAAACACCGUCCCGCGGCGGCGGCAGUAAAUCGCAGCAUGAACGACGCAUCGACAUACAGCCGGCGGAGGACGAGGAUGACCAGGACGAGGGCUAUACAGCCAAGCACUUGGCCUAUGCCCGCUAUCUGAGGAACCAUCGCCUGAUUAACGAGAUCUUCUCGGAGGCUGUCGUACCGGACGUGCGAUCCGUGGUGACCACCACGAGGAUGCAGGUGCUCAAGCGACAGGUCAGCUCGUUAACGAUGCACCAAACCAAACUCGAAGCUGAACUACAGCAGAUGGAGGAGAAGUUCGAGGCCAAGAAGCAGCGCAUGGUGGAGUCUAGCGAGGCCUUUCAGGAAGAACUGAAGCGCCACUGCAAGCCAGCCGUGGACGAAGACACUUUUCAAAAGAUGGUGCAUCGCAUGUACGAAGAUAUCAAACGCGAUCGCCAGCGGUUGGAUGAACCGAAUGCAAACAACUCAACGAAUCCUGCAGCUGCUGCUGCUCCUGUGACGAGAAACGAGGAGCCAGCCAAGCCGCCAACGCAACCGGGUCAGCCAGGUGCCACGCCCGCUAGCCAGGAGGUGGCAACUCCUGCAGUGCCACCCAAGGAGCCCCCGCCAGCUGUAAAGCCAUCAACUCCCAAUCCCACUCCGAGCUCUACGCCCACUCCGGCACCAGCGGUACACGUCCAUGAAACGGCCAGCAAAACAGAUCCCGAACCGAUGGACAUUGAACCACCACCCAAGCCCUCGGUGCCACCUCCGCCCAUAAAGCCGGAGAAACUGGAGAUGGCCGCUGCCCUGCCGCCGCAGUCUACGCUUGUCGAGCCUCCAAAAUCAGAACCCGCCAAGGUAGUGGCCCAACCUGGCAAGGUGCCUACACCAGUACCAACACCAACGCCUCCUCCAGAAGUGGUUCCAGUAGCUGGAGCAGCUCCUGCGGCGACAACAAACACGACGACACCCACGCCGCCGCCGGUGCAACAACAGGUGCCACUCCCCCAGCAACAAGGCGCACCAGCACCUCCACCAGGCAUGCCUCAGAUGCACCCACAUCCCGGUCAUCCGCCACCAGGACAUUCCCUUAUGCCACCUCAUAUGGGACCGCAUCAGCCUCCUCCAGGAAUGCCCGGCCUACCGCCACCACCUCCGCACUCCGGUUACGCCAACUACGGUGGACCACCGCAUGGACCGCCGCCCGGUCCACCAGGUGGACCCGCGCGUCCGUACUACCAGCCCCAGUAUGGAGGUCAUCCCACGCCGCAGCCCUACUACGCACCCUUCUCGCCCUAUCAGCAGUCGUACGGACCACCACCCGGGUCGCACUACAUGUCACCGCGUCCCCCACCACCACAGCAUAAUGGCAAUCCCGGACAUCCAUAUGCACCCGAGCAUGGGAGCAAUCCGCCGCCGCCACAGCAACAGCAACCGCCACCAGGUCACCUGCACGAGCCCAGUGGAGGACCAGGAGCGCCAGGCGGUGGAUCCGGAUCUGGUGCAGCAGCAUCUGCUGGCGGAGUGUACCCGACUCCCGGUGCAGGAGCGGGUCCUGGAGCACCUCCCGCAAGUGGAGGAGCUCCGCUAGGCGAGGCAGCAGUAGCUGGAGGAGCUGCGCCCCCGGCCACGGCGCCCAGCAAGCAUCCAGAGGCGGAGAAGCACGAGGCGGACUAAGAAGAGAAGUGGAGUCAUUGCACUUUUUCCGCCCCCAGAUCCCUAGUUGUAGUCCCUAAGUUAUACAUACAUACAUUGAUCCCUGUGUUGUAACAUAGCUGUCCCCUGUUGAAACUUCGCCUCUGCUCGCUGUACACCGACAGGAGGUCUUUCAACUUAAAUCCCUUUUUAGGCGCCCAGAACUUCACAUCAACUCCAUUCUCAAUUAAGUUUAACAAACUUUUUUUUUCGCAAGGCCUAAUUUUAAUAUUUUAAUAAUUGAGUGUGCGUCGCAUUCUGGACUGUAUGCUAAAUUUACGAGUAAAAUAAAUGUACGUUUAUAUGUAAA